AUGGUUGACGCAAGAAACGUUAAUGAUGAUGAUGAUGAUGAUGAUGAUACGGCUCGUCAAGAAGCAUUUAAUAGCAAAGUCACAGAAGUGGCGGAAGGGGUUAUGCAAGCUAAUCUUCCACGAUUAGCUCAAGAAGUAGAAAGUCGGGUGUUAGGAGUUUUGGAGGCCAUGAUGACUAGCAAGAUCGAAGAAUUAAAAGAAAUGAUUGAGGGAUCUAAAGGUAAAGGCAAAGAACGACGGUGCACGUAUAAAGAUUUCAUGGCAUGCCAUCCUGCAACGUAUGAUGGUAAAAUCGACCCGAUCGCAUGCCAAAGAUGGAUUUCAAACAUAGGAGCGGUAUUUAUACGAAGUCGGUGUGACAAGGAAGACCAGGUGAUGUUCGCUACUGGUCAACUCACCCUUCAGGCGAAGGAUUGGUGGGAUGCGCAUAGUAAGGAAGUUGGGGAGGACAAGCUACAAGAGAUGACUUGGCAGGAAUUCAAGGAACCUUUUAUGAAAUACCACUGUCCUCAGUCAGCCGUCGAUAAGAUUCAGGAGGAUUUCUUACGCCUCCGACAGAAAGAUGAAACGAUAAACGAAAUAUCAAACACGUUCAUGGACAAGAUGAAGUUUUGCGGAUACUUUGUAAAGACAGAAAGAAUGAAGAUCAACCGCUUUUAUGGUAUAUUAAAGGCAGAAUUUAGGGAGUUCAUCACUCCCUCAAAGUGUGAAACCCUUGACGAGCUUAUCAAUCUGGCACGGGAUAGAGAAAUUGAAAUUAAGAGGCAAGAAGAACGUGGGGAAAAGAGGUCGACAGAGAAGGGGACAAAUGCAAGUCCAUCUAAAAAGGCGAGGUUCCAAGAUCAGGGAAGGAAAGAUAAGUCAAAGCACUACAAAAAAAAUGCCAAUUAG